ACAUCACUGGCAGCUCUUAAAGAAGUAUACUGGUCUGCCUGUAGUGUAUUUUGCAGGUUCACUUACUUUUUAAUAUUUUUGUCAGAAAGUGACUCGUUAUGAUUUAUUCACACGUAUUCAGUAUUCAGAAGUAUGGAAGAGGUAAACAUGGACAUCUCCAGUUUCACAGAAAUUUAUGAAGCCCCACCAGUGCCCAACAUGUCUUCCAUGAUGAUCAUCACGCAGCCUCAGCCAGUGCUGUACGCUCAGACGUCGAAUGACUGGAGCUCCGGAAUAUGUGACUGCAGUGACGACAUGCGUGAAUGUUGUUUUGCCUUCUGGUGCUUGCCCUGCUUUAUGUGUCAAGUGUCCAAGCGGUAUGGUGAGUGUCUCUGUCUCCCCCUGCUGGAAAUAUUUUGCGGUGGCCCCAUUCCUGCCAUCACCAUGUCCAUGAGGGUGUCCAUGCGGCAGCGCUACGGCAUCGAGGGUAACAUGUGUAGAGACUGUGUGUGCUCCUUCUUCUGCUUUCCCUGCACGUGGUGUCAAAUGUCCAGAGAGAUGAAGAAGAGAGGGGUUCAAGUCGUGUUGACAAGUGCCAUAAUGACAUGACCACGACCUUCACCUGCCCUCACCAGCAGGCUGUCACAAAACCAAUGCCUGCAUCAAUGAAAUGAUUUUCCAUCAAAUUUUGCAAAUCAAGUUUGUGAUAGAAAUUUAUGAUAACACCUCACAAGGACGAAGUAGUCUUUUGAUGUAAAAAAAAAAUAAAAAUCUUUGAUGUUCUAGUUCCAAUACAUAUAUGUCAAUGUUACGCACAGGCCUAUAAAUGGAGUGGCAAAAGUUGCUACUCUUGUUUCUUGCUUUUUUGACGUGCUGUUGAUUUUAGAUCAGUCUGAUAUGUUGUUAGUUCUGUUACACAGAAGUCAGAUAAAUCAGGACGAGUUAGCAAAAAAAAAAAUUCCCAGCAUUUUCAAUACUGAUUCCAUGUUCGAUAAGUGUGUGCGUGCGUGCGUGUGUAAAACAGCUGUGUGUGUGUGCAUGUGUGUAUGUAACUUGCCUUCAUGAUUAAAAUGCACCUGAAUAUCAAA